CCUUUUGUUAUUGUCCUUCCUUCGUCUGUGAACGAACGCACCAGUCCCAGUUAACGUAUUUCAUCCUCAUCGAGCGCAGGUCGAGAAUAUCAAUCAUCGUCGUCCUCGUCGUCGCAGCCGUAGACGAUCAAUACCCUAAAGCGCACGGACAAUAUGCCGAAGAAGAUGGGUAUGAACAGCAAGGCGGAGGAGGCUAGGGCCCCGAAGNNNUCGACCGAAGCCGAGCGCAAGGAGCGCGAGGCGCGCGAGAAGGAGGAGCAGUACUGGCGCGAAGCCGAGGGCAGCAAGUCUCGCGCGGCCAAGAAGCGCGAGGAAGAAGCCGAGAAGCGAGCUGAGGCCGCUGCUCGCAAAGCCGAGGCGCGCCGAUUGGCGGAGCUGGAGGAGAAGGAGCUCGAGAAGGCGGUAAAGAAGCCCGAUAAGAAGGUCGGCCGAGUCGGGAUCCCGGUUCCGAAGGUCACCGAGGCGGAGCUGAGGAAGCAGAAGGAGGCGGAGCAGGCGGCGUUGGAGAAAAAGUCGAAUGAGGUGAAGAAGAAGCAGAGCCGUACGGCCGAGGAGGAGGAGUAUGAGAGGAUGGUGGCGGUGGAGAAUAGGAAUCGGGACGAUUCGAUCAUCGAAGCGAGGUCGGUGGAGGAGGCGGUUGCCAAGAUGACGGUGGCAGAGAGCUUGCCGGUGGAUCGGCAUCCGGAGAGGAGGCUCAAGGCGUCAUUUAAGGCUUUUGAAGAAGCUGAGCUCCCAAUUCUGAAGGAAGAGAAACCAGGUCUUACUCACAAUCAAUACAAGGACAUGAUAUGGAAGCUAUGGAAGAAAUCUCCCGAUAAUCCUCUAAAUCAGGUUGCUGAGUGAUCACAGAGCAUCUUCACCAUGCAAAGGCUGUUGAGUUUCUCUCCCAGGCUUGUUUUGCCGAUUUCAUCAUGUCCAACCAACGUAGAUUUGUAAUUUGAAACGCAUAUAUGGUUUACGCCCUACUGUAUGUGCCAUGCCCGCUCAAUGAAACAUGAUUUAAAUAAUUAUGCAGUGUUUUACCCCCCACCCCGGGGCGACAUAUUUACAUAACUUUUUGUUUAGAUUCAGUCUGCUGUAAAUCUGGUAAUAGUUGAAAGCCAUUAAUUUGAUUACAGGUA